GCUCUUUUGGACGCCAGAACUGCUGGGAGGGCUCGCUUGGAGGGAGGAUAGCGAUUGUCCGUCGCUCGGAGGAAGAUACCCAUGCUCCGUUUCUCGGGCUGCAACGAGAAGAUCCCGAGCGACAAACUGCGAAGAGCUGAUUCGGCUUCGAAUCUACCGGGAGCGCGGGACAAAGCCGAAUCCUUGCUCGCUCUACAUAGGACUCCCAUGUGGGAUCGACUUUGUUACAACCCUUUCCUUGACAUCACUCGCUCGUCGCUUGGCAUGGAUCAGUCCAUACGGAUAGUCAUGUGCAUUGUGUGCCCGUUCAACAGGACGUUAAUCGCCCGGAAGCCAGACUCAACCAAGCCGAUAAACCAGCCACCUCCUAUCGGCUUUCCGGCCAAGACCAAGACCCUGACUUUGCCGCCGGUGUUAUCUACGUACAAGGCUGAGCUACGCGCAACACCUCGAUGAGGAUUCGGCCAGCUCAUUUUUAGACUCCAAUGAACUCCAAGCGAGGUCUGUUUGUGUCCCCUGCUGGAUCCCGCUCUCUUAUCACGAGACCCCUGUCGAUCUGGCUAUCAGCACCGGACAUCUCCUGUACCGUGGUGCUUGAUAUGCAUAUAUACCCAUAUCCCCUCCGGACUCGGUUUUCCCUCUCUAACUAACGACGAUCAUGUCCGAUCCCGUUGUCACAGGAGAAGAGCUCGACAAGAGAGCGUCCGCCGAAGUCGUCGUCACUGAAACCCUUCCAACCGACAAUGGCGAAGCCCUCCAAGCUCGGGUCCUCGAAUCCGUCAACCACCGCAAUCUCAACCCUCGGCAAAUCCACCUCGCCUCCAUCGCAGGGGCUAUGGGUGCGGCAUUGUUCGUCGCCAUCGGGCAGGGAGUGUCGUCGGGGCCGUUGGCUUUGUUGAUAGGUUUUGUUUUCUGGGCGACUGUUGUGUUUUCUAUCGGUCAAUGUCAGCAAGAGGUCGUCAGCUUGUUUCCAUACGAUGGUGCUUUUAUCCGUCUUGCCAACCGGAUGGUCGAUCCUGCUUUGGGUGUUGCCGUGGGAUGGAAUCACUUCUUUGCUCAAACGUCGUAUGUCAUAUUCGAGUGCACCGUCAUCAACACCCUUCUCAGUGUCUGGGGUUAUGACCAGAGUCCGGCGAUCAUGAUCUCCAUCUCCAUCCUGCUCUACUUUUCCAUCAACGUCUACCGUGCAGAUGUCUUUGGAGAAUUCGAAUUCUGGUUCGCCCUCGGCAAGAUCAUUUUCGCUAUGGGUCUCCUCAUCUACACUUUGGUCGUCAUGUGCGGCGGUAAUCCUCUCCACGAUGCGUUUGGCUUUCGAUACUGGAAAAAUCCUGGGCCCUGGGCUGGCAACACCCCAACAACCCGUCUUCAAGCAUUCGUCAAUGCCGUGAAUGUCGCGGGGUUCAGUAUGGGUGGUCCCGAGUAUCUUUCUAUGAUUGCUGGGGAAGCGAAGGAUCCGAGGAAGGUCGUUCCGAGGGCGUUCAAGACGCUGAUGUGGCGGUUGAUGAUCUUUUUUGUCGGGGGUGGGCUUUGCGUUGGGAUCUUGCUUCCUUCGGACAACACUGAAAUCAGCGAUGGUGAAAAUUACGCCGGCAAGUCGCCAUACGUCAUCUCCAUGCAAAACCUCAAUAUCCCCAUCCUCCCCUCCAUCGUCACCGGCGCCCUCAUCAUCGUCAUCAUCUCCGCCGGAAACGCAUUCACCUUCAACGCCUCUCGCUCCCUCCAUGCCCUCGCGCUGGACGGUAAAGCGCCCAAGGUGUUGAGGAGGUUGAACAAGAAUGGAGUGCCGUGGGUGGCAGUGUGCACGGUGGGGGCGCUGAGUUGUUUGGCGUACCUGGCGCUUGGGUCGACUUCAAGUGUGGUUUUGAAUUGGAUUUUGAACUUCUGUACGGCCGCUACCAUGUUUAACUGGUGUGUCAUGGCAUUCACAUGGAUCCGGUUCGACAAGGCCAUGAAAGCCCAAGGUGUCGACCGCCUCGCCCUCCUCCCAGCACCUUCUAAGCUCCAACCCUACGCCGGCUACUGGGCAUUCUUCUGGGCAUUCUUGUUCCUGUGGAUUCAGGGCUACUCGGUGUUUCUGAAAGGGAACUGGGACGUGGCCACAUUCAUCUUCAACUACGGUAUCAUCGCGCUAGCCGGGGGGAUUGGACUGGGGUGGAAGAUCUUUGCGCGAACGCCUUUCCGGAAACCGUCCGAUGUUGAUCUCGAGACCGACUUGGACUUUUUCGACGCCCUGACGGAUUAUUAUCAGCAGCAGAAGGAUGAGGGGCCACCUGCCACGUUGAGAGAUAAGAUUCUGGAAAAGAUCUUUUGAUCCUGCUGAUCAGCUUCUGAUGCUUCUUCUUUGAUGACUUCAAUGCGCGCAGGUGUGCGACGCGGUGCCAUUUGGAAAGCCGCCUUUGUCUUUUUGGGGUGUUUGUAAUAUAGACUCGGUACAUAAUUUCCUGUUGUCGAGUCGCUAGGAUAUAUGCUAUAUACUCGGAAGGAGGUUGUCUGAACGUUUUGACG